ACCCCCGGAGUCCAGCCACGUCACCCGGGCCAGAGAGCCGGACGAAGAUGGAAGACAGCAAGGAGGGACCAAAACUGCGAUUAAUUGUACCCGAGCUGCCCAGCACGAGCCAAGGAUCCACCCACGGAUACCGCGAGUCAGCAACCGAGACACCGGCCGCCCAGGACGAGCAACCACAACGAGCUGCCCAAGGACCACUCCAAGGAACCAGACCAGAGGCGUCCAGCAAGAACCACGCGCCAGUACCCACUACCGCUGGACCCCUGGCCACGCCUAGCCACCAGACAACCACGGAAGGAGAACAUCCACGUCUUCCUCAGGGACAUCGGGUCUCACGCCCCGGAGGGGGUGAGAUCUCGUACUCGUUACUGGCGGACAAACUCCGGAAAUGGGGAUUUACUUUCGACGGCCACGCGGACCCACUAGCGUUCAUCGAAAGGCUCGAGGAGCGAGUGGAAUCAUACGGCGGGAGCCCAGAGCAGUUGCCGCGGGCCAUCUCCGGUCUCCUUACAGAAUUCCUAGAAUUCUUCCUGCCCCCCAGAUACUUCCAGCGGCUGGAAGACACCAUACGAAGUCGGGAACAGAAGCCCAAGGAAUCCUUCCGGGAUUACCUUAUCGAGUUGCGUCUGAUGAUGCAACGAGCCCAGUAUACUCGGGAACAGGAACUCGAGCGGAUCUACGAAAAUCUCCGUCCGGAGUAUCAAAUGUACACGCGCAGACAAGAUUUCCGAUCACUCACAGAAUUGACCCAGCUCGUCUCGGCCUACGAAACCGCGCGGGACCGAGACGCACUCCGCAGCGUCGGGACCACGCAGAACCAUCGACCCCGUGCCGCCUAUACCGGCAAUGGAACCAACCCACAACGAGGCAACACACACGAGACACCCGGGAAAACCGAGAUCGCCAACCGGGGAAUCGGCCAGGAGCAAGAGCAGGCGAUCGAUGUACAACGAGCCUGCCGGAACUGCGGGGAAAACGGCCAUUUCAGUGGUGCGUGCACAAACCGACAGAAGCUGUUCUGUUGGGAAUGUGGCCACCGAGGGGUCCGGACCAUCAACUGCUGCCGGAAACCAGCGUCGUGAAACGGGUCGGGUCUCCGCCCAACUGGGACAUGGACGGAGGCGCGCACCCAGGAACAGGAGACCAUUAAGCAUGACCGGAGGAAGGAUCGCUGCCCUGGUGGACAUCAAUGGGAGAGCAUUUGCUGCCACCUUUGACACUGGAGCCACACGAUCCUUCAUCAGUGAGCGGCUGGCGAAGGAGAUAGGGACGACCAAGAACAGGCGAGAGGUGAGGACCAGGAUCCGCCUGGCAGAUGGAACCAGGAAGGAGAUCAACCAAGCGAUAGCAGUCACCGUGCGCCUGGAUCAACAAGA